AUGGCAUUCCUCCUAGUCCUUUUCUGCGUCUUCCUUUCCACCACAAGCACCAGAAACCUGGCCUCCUCUAAAGAAGUCCCCUUCUCUCCACAUGACAACUACCUCGUCAAUUGUGGCUCCCCCACCAUGACUACCCUCAGCGAUGAGCGAACCUUUCGCUCCGAUCGACAAGCUGCCUCCUUUCUCUCCUCCAAAGACGACAUCCUAGUCGCUAUCUCAUCCACCAAGGAUGUCCCUAACCCUCUGUAUUUAACAGCCAGGAUCUUCGUCCAACAAGCCACUUAUAACUUUAAAAUGACUAGACCUGGCUGGGUUUGGAUCCGUCUCCAUUUCUACCCUAUUAACAACGACCAAUUUGAUCUCCGAAACUCUGUCUUCUCCGUCUCCACUGAGGAGGUUGUCCUCCUCCACAACUUUAGUGUCAAUAAUGAAACUAAGGUGGUCGUGAAGGAAUACCUCCUAAACGUCACCACACCACUUCUUUACCUCAAAUUCACCCCCAUGAAGCACUCUGCUGCGUUUAUCAAUGCUAUUGAAGUGGUAUCUGCUCCAGAUGGCUUGAUUUCUGACGUGGGUUCUACGCUUUUCCCGGUCGGUGACUUCUCCGGACUAUCGAAUCGCGCAUACCAGACCUUGUACCGGAUCAACGUGGGUGGGCCCAUUAUCACCCCACAGAACGACACCAUUGGUCGUACAUGGGAAUCUGACGACAUGUAUCUACAGUCUAGAGCCUUGGCUAAGAAUGUGUCCGUCUCUCCCAGUAUCAUCAACUAUCCUGCAGGCCUAUCACCUUUGAUCGCGCCCAAUUGGGUCUAUGCAUCCGCUGUUGAGAUGGCUGAUGCUAUUGAAAAGCCUAAUUUUAACAUAACAUGGAAAUUCGAUACUGAUCCAGCGUUUGACUACCUGAUUCGAAUGCAUUUUUGUGAUAUUGUGAGCAAAUCGCUCAAUGAUUUAUACUUCAAUGUGUAUAUUAAUGGGAAAAUGGCUAUCUCUGGACUGGACCUGUCAACCAUCACGUCAAAUUUGGCUGUACCUUACUACAAGGAUUUUGUCGUGAAUGCUUCCUUGAUAUCGGAUCAGCUUAUCGUCCAAAUAGGCCCCAUGAACCAAAACCCAGGUGCAGUUAAUGCAAUCCUCAAUGGCUUGGAGGUCUUGAAGAUGAGCAGCUCUGUUGGGAGUUUGGACGGAGAAUUCGGCGUUGAAGGCACUGAUAUGGGGGCAAGCAAAUCCAACAAAGGGGCUGUUGCAGCCGUAGGUUUUGCAAUGAUGUUCGGAGCCUUUGUAGGUCUAGGUGCAAUGGUGAUCAAGUGGUAUAAGAGGCCAAAGGAUUGGGAAAAGAAGAACAGCUUCUCUUCGUGGUUGCUCCCUCUUCAUGCAGGACACUCUACCUUAAUGACGAGCAAGAAUUCCAUGGGGUCUCACAGGAGCAACUUCUACUCGUCGACACUUGGGUUGGGUCGGUACUUCUCAUUUUCAGAAUUGCAAGAGGCAACAGGGAAUUUCGAUCAAAAUGCAGUGAUCGGCGUGGGAGGAUUCGGCAAUGUCUAUCUUGGGCAUCUCGAUGACGGGACCAAGGUUGCAGUAAAGCGAGGGAACCCACAAUCUGAACAAGGUAUCACCGAGUUUCAAACAGAAAUCCAGAUGCUAUCAAAGCUCCGGCACAGGCACUUAGUCUCUUUGAUUGGAUAUUGUGACGAAAACUCAGAGAUGAUCCUGGUUUAUGAGUACAUGUCAAAUGGACCCCUGAGAGACCAUCUGUACGGAAAGAACUUGCCCCCAUUGUCCUGGAAGCAGAGGCUAGAGAUCUGUAUUGGUGCAGCUCGUGGGCUACACUACUUACACACGGGUGCGGCGCAAGGGAUCAUACAUAGGGACGUGAAGACAACCAAUAUAUUAUUGGAUGAGAACUUCAUUGCAAAGAUGGCAGAUUUUGGGCUAUCAAAGAAUGCACCCACCAUGGAGCAGACUCAUGUAAGUACAGCAGUGAAGGGGAGUUUUGGGUAUCUAGACCCAGAGUAUUUCAGGAGGCAGCAAUUGACCGAUAAGUCAGAUGUGUACUCUUUUGGGGUGGUGCUAUUGGAGGCUUUAUGCGCAAGGCCAGCCAUUAAUCCAGCUCUUCCGAGGGAGCAAGUGAACCUAGCAGAGUGGGCUAUGCAAUGGAAGAAGAAAGGAUUGCUCGACAAGAUCAUCGACCCUCACCUCGUUGGCGCCAUUAAUCCUGAAUCCAUGAAGAAGUUUGCGGAAGCCGCAGAGAAGUGCUUGGCUGAACAUGGUGUUGAUAGGCCAACCAUGGGAGACGUGCUUUGGAAUUUAGAGUACGCACUACAGCUACAAGAGGCUUCUUCUCAAGGUAAGUUGGAAGAAGAAAACAAAGCAGAAGCUGCUACGACAACUACAUCAUCAUCGGCUGGGGUUGUGGUUGCACCAACUGCUAUUGCCCCUGUUAAUUCUUCUACUCCAGAUAAUCCACAGGUGGUUGAAGCCAAUAGCGCUCCCGCGCAAGUUCAUGCAAUUGAUGAACAUUCCGGGACUACAAUGUUCUCUCAGUUUGCAGAGAUCAACGGCCGAUAA